GUCACCAGUCGGACCCUUAAUUAAAAAAAAAAUUACAGAGUUGUCCAAAAAAAAAGUUACAAAAAUACAGAGAAAUCAAUAUAUUUUGGUAUUAUUACCAAAUACCAAUCAUCCACUUCCUCCUCUAUAGGAAACAAACCAUCAUUGCUCCAAACAAUCACUUUCAUCCUUACAAAAUCUCUGAUUCUUCUUUUUCUCCUUCUUAUUCUCUUUCUCUCACUCUCUUUUUCAUCUAUACAUAUAUACAUUCACACACACACACAUAAGCACACAUACAAUCUCUUUAUAACCUUUAAACUCUCUCCUUCCCAAUUUUCCCUCCAUAGAAUCAUCAUUCUCUGUUUCAUCAUCAGACAAAUGGAUUCUUCUUGUACAAACUCAGUAAACGGAUUCUACACUUUUCUAAACAAAUCAAUGGAAGAUCUCGAGAGGGUUUAUCUCUCCAACAGCUUCAUGUCCCUUCAGUUCCUACAGAGAGUAAUCUGUCUCCUAAGAACCUCUCACUCUCACCUCACGCUUCUUGUCCAAAAACUCAACCUCCCUGUCGGCGACAAGUGGCUCGACGACUACAUGGACGAAACCUCCAAGCUCUGGGACGUCUGCCACGUUAUCAAAUCCUCUCUCUCCUCCAUGGAAAGCUUCUGCUCCGCCGCGAUUUCCGUCGCCUCCUCUCUCGACGGCCACCACCACCACCACAACCACCGUCAGGUGAUGCGAGCGAUAACUGGGUGUCGGAGAGAAGCGGUAGGGAUAGAGGAAGAGAACAGAGCUUUGAUGGAGAACCGCGUCCAAAGGUUUCCCUUUUGGUCGGAGCAAGUUACGACGACGGCGGCGAUGGAGUCGUCGAAGAUACAGAACGGGUUCAGCGGGUUUAGAGGAGUGAUGAACACGAUGAAGAGCAUGAACACUCUGUUUCUCACGAUCUUGACGCAAGGCCUUGUUUACAGCAUCCCCGGAGAGACGACGGCGACGGUGAUGGCGACGACGGCGACGGCGAUGGUGAGGCUGAAGCAGAGAGUGGCGGCGGAGAUGGAGAGGACGGGGGUGAAGAAAGGGGUGAUGAUGUACGAGUACAGGAGGAGCAAGACGGCGGUGGAGGAGCUGAAGGCGGAGCUUGAAAGGCGGUGGUGCUGCGGCGGAGGGAGGGGAGAAGAGGGGGAGGAGGCGGAGAGAGGGCUGAGGGAGAGAGUGGAGAGUGUGAAAGUGAGUGUUGGGAGUUUGAGGAGUGGAACAGAGAGUGUUGUUGCUCAGAUUGAUGAUUUCUUUGAUGAGAUUGUUGAUGGUAGAAAAAUGCUUUUGGCUUUCUGUAGCCACAGGUGAGAAAAUAAAACAAAAGGUUUUAGGCUCUUUUAGAUUAAUCAGAAUGUUUAAUCUUCCAUGCUUUUAAUUUUUUUUUAUAAUAUCUAUAAAAUUUAAGUGUUUCUAUAAAACCUUUCUGGUGCUCUUUAUAUAUCAAAGUCCAAACAUGAAGUUAAGAUUAUGCUUAUAAAAUUAAACCAUGGUGCUAAUUAAAGUUGAAAUGUGAAAAAAAAAACAAAUACAAGUAUAUCAAACUCUAUGUGAACAUACUUCCUCCAUUUUGAAUUUAAGAUGCUAUUAAAAAAUAAUUAUUGUUGUAAAAUGUUAUAUUUUAGAUGAGUUUUAAUUUAUCAAUUGUGUUUUAUUGUUUUAUGUUAGUUAACUGCACUGAUUUAUUGUCUAAUAAUAUUUUUUUAAUAACCGUAUAUCUAUGUUUUUAAUAUGAAGUUAAUAUGAUGUUUAAGAGCAUAAAAUUUUAUUUUUUAUUUCAAAAUAGAGUAAAAUUGAAUAUAAAGUAAAAAUGUUUUAAUACUACUAUAUUUCUCACUCUAUAUAAUAGAGUGAUGAACAAACAAAAAAUAGAUUACACUUUAUUAUAGAGUGAGAUAUGAAGUUGAGUUGAAGUAUUUUUUAUUCUAUAUUUAUUUUUACUCUAUUGUGGAAGAAAAAUGAAGUGGGGUUGGAGAUGUUCUAAAAAAACUAGUGUGUUAGAGCUGAGAUGUAAAAAAAACAAUAAAACUACAUCUAACUGUAUAAGAACAUAUGUUGUUAAUACCGAUUCUAUAGGAAAUCUUCAAAUGACGAGACAUGUACUAUAUUGUACACGGAGAUGAAAUGUUUUGAUUAUUUUACUUUCUCAAAAAUAAAAUAAAACUUCUGAUUAUUGUUUUUUUUUGGGUCAAAAACGUCUGAUUAUUGUUAUAGUACUCUUUUGUUUCUUUGUUGCUUUAGAGCAUCUCCAAUGUUCACCUCUAUAAUUUUCUCUAAAAUAGAGAUCUCUAUUAUAGAAGUAAAAAUGCUCCAAUGUAUGCCUCUAUAAUAGAGUUUCUCUAUUUUAGAGAAAAAUAUAGAAGAAAGUUACUUUUUGCCUCUAUAUUUAGAGGUGAAAAUAUCAUAUCUCUAUAUUUUCCUCUAUAAAUAGAGGAACUCUAUUAUAGAGGCAUACAUUGGAGCAUUUUCACCUCUAUAAUAGAGUUUCUCUAUUUUAAGGGAAAAUAUAGAGAUAGAAAUAGAGGUGGGUUGGAGAUGGUCU